AUGUGUUUGAGUGUUUGUGCAUCAUGUGACCCAGAUUGUCUUCAUCUGCUGUCAGAUUCAAAUCAGGAAGAUGAAACCACACAGCAGCUUCAGCUGAGCUGUCAGUCUGCAGCAGCAGUCUUCUCUGUGAGCUGCAGGGGCUGAUGGGAGCUUGGAGGAGGAGUCACAAAGCACGUGGUCCUGCUGUCAUCUCACAGCUCGUCCUUCUUUGUCCUCAGCUGCAUCAGAACACCACUUCUCCUCAGGUUCACCAGAGGAAACACGGCUGAACAAAAUGCUUUUCCUCCCAGCUGCUGCUCUGUGCUGUCUGUGUUCAGCACUGGUUACCAUGGCAGCAGAACUCAUUCAGGAGGAUUUAACAUUGACCAGGAGAGUUGGUCAAAGUGUCUCUUUCAGCUGUGGAGGAACUCAGGAGUGUGAUCAAGACUACAUAUUCUGGUACCAGAAGAAAGAAACAGAAACAUUCAGACUGAUUCUUGAUAUUGAUAGAAGCAAUGGUGCAUUAGAUACAAGGUAUGGUCAUCCUCAGAAAGACGAAUUCACUGCUGAAAAUACACAAACAGAAUGUGAAUUGAAGAUCAAUAAAGUUAAAGUGGAUCAUUCAGCCUCCUAUUACUGCAGCUGCUGGAAAGAGGAUCCGGGCUAUUGGUACUACUACCUCAUCUUUGGAUCUGGAACUGGACUGUUUGUAUCGGAUGAGUCCGUAGUGAAGCCCGUGGUGAGCGUGUACCCAGCAGCAUCCAGAGUCCCUGUGGAGAGGGGCAGCUCCCUGCUGUGUCUGGCCUCAGCCAUGUUUCCUCCUGUGGUCCAGUUCUCCUGGAAAAGACAGAAGAACAACGGACAACCAGAGAACCUUCCUUCUACUGGGACAGAGCAGCUGGAUCUCAGAGAGUCUGGACGCAGCGCCUCCAUCCUGCUGAUCCAUCAGCAAGAGGACAGCUCCUAUAAAUACAUCUGCUCCGUCAAACAUGAGGGGGGAACAGUGGAGGUCCAAACACAACAAGAGUUUGCUGCACUUCCAGCUGCAGGUUCCACAGCAGCUCUAACAUCCCAUCCAGCAUCUUCCAGCAUUCUAGCAGAGGGAACAGCCUCUGUUCCUCCUCUGGACCUGGUGAAGCUGUCCUUCCAGUCUGAGUGCAGGGUGAAGCUGCUCUGCCUGCUGUACACAGUGCUGAUAGUGAAGAGUCUGGUGUACUGCUGUGGACUCUCUCUGCUGAUGAUCCUCAGAAACAAGGGAGCAUCCACCAACUCCAAACAUGCUGACUGACUGUUUUCUGAUCCUCUUUUCUCUCCAUCAAAUCUCAUCCUUUCAUCUCAUUCAUCACUUUGAUCACAGCUCUCUAAUGUUCUUAAUGACUUGAUACAGAUUCUUCAUCAAACUGUGUCAGUAGAUGUUUUAUGAAGAUGUUACAUUGAUUUCUCCUUUUUCAUUUUAAUAUUUUUUAUACACAGUGAUCCAUCUUCUUUAAAUGUAACUGUGUUUAUUAAAAUAAACAUAAAUAAAAGCC